UAUAAUGUGUUGGGCUAGUCCUACUUAAGCUUGAGCCCAAACCCAAUCUCCUUCUUCCUUCAAGUCCCGACUUCAUAGUCCUAGGGUUCUAAUUUUUUCACUCAUUUUCCUCUUUCCCUUGUUUAAGGCUGUCGAAUUAAGUAAAAAGCGGAAGAUGGCUGCAAGCUUAGCUUCCAGAUGCUCCAGGGUGGGACGUUCAUUGAUGGAUGGCCUUCGAAACAACUUCUCUAAUUUACCAAUCACAUCAAGAGAGACAACAUUUGGCAGUUUCCUGUAUCAGCAACAAAGGACUUUCAUACAGAUGAGAACUGUUCUCAAAGUAGUGGACAACUCAGGGGCAAAAAAGGUAAUGUGUAUACAAGCAUUGAAGGGGAAGAAAGGGGCAAGAUUGGGAGACACCAUAAUUGCAUCUGUAAAGGAAGCCAUGCCUAAUGGAAAGGUGAAGAAAGGAAAGGUGGUAUAUGGUGUGGUUGUGCGUGCUGCCAUGCAGCGGGGUCGUUGUGACGGGAGUGAGGUCAAGUUCGAUGACAAUGCAGUUGUUCUUGUUGACAAGCAAGGCCAACCAAUAGGGACCAGAGUUUUUGGGCCAGUUCCGCAUGAGCUGAGGCAGAAAAAGCAUGUCAAGAUCCUCACUUUGGCAGGGCACAUUGCCUGAGGCAUGGAUCCAUAAUAUUUUUCCCCCGAACACAAGUUUUUUUUAGCAAUCCAAGCAUUUAGAUAUUUUCAUGUUGUCCCAAUAGCAGGAAAAAAAUGGGAAGAGGGAAGAACUAAUCUGUUGUUUCUAUCACAAUCCUGGGCAAUGAUUAGUAGAUGUUUGCCUUAUCUUUAAUGAGAAUGCAAUAUAUCUGAUGAGACAAAAUUGCAUUGAUGACCUCAUGCUGUUCAUACCUGGUUGAAUAAUUAGGAGAUGCUCAGAAGUCUUUUUGUAGAAAAAAAAAUUAUGAUAUUGGAAAGUAGUUCGCAGUUACAUUUGACAGUUAA